AUGGCGGCUCGGCGCCAGCGGUAUGGGUCAGUUUAUGCAAAGUUGCCGCGUGGUGACUUUUGUGAUGGUGGCGCUAAGAAAUCUACUGAGGAACAGUCUUCCACAGCUUCUAUAGAGUGGGACACACAAGUGGUAAAGGGGUCUUCGCCGCUCGGCCCCGUGGGUCUAGGCCCGGCGGAGCCUGAAGCCGGAUCGCGGCUGCCGUCGUGGCUGCAGCCCGAGAGGUGCGCUGUAUUCCAGUGUAUACAGUGCCACGCCGUGCUUGCCGACUCGGUGUACUUCGCUUGGGACCUGUCGCGGUCUCUUGGAGCCGUGGUCUUCUCCAGAGUCACAAAUAACGUCGAUUUGGAAGAACCCUUAUUGGUUGGCAUUGAAGGUUCACUCAAAGGCAGCAUUUAUAACCUUCUAUUCUGUAAUUCCUGUGGGAUUCCCAUUGGUUUCCAUCUGUAUUCUACCCAUGCUGCUUUGGCUGCCUUGAGAGGUCACUUUUGCCUUUCCAGUGACAAAAUGAUAUGCUAUCUCUUAAAAACCAAAGCCAUAGUAAAGGCAUCUGAAAUGGAUAUGCACAACAUACCCCUAUCAGAAAAGAUUGCAGAGCUAAAGGAGAAGAUAAUGUUAACACAUACUCGCUUAAAUUCACUGAUGAAGAUUCUCAAGGAAGUGAUUCCUAACCAAUCCAAACCAGAAAACUGA